AGUUUUACAGGCAACUUUGAGAGAAGAAAAGAAACUUCGAGUUGAAAAUGCUAAACUGAAAAAAGAAAUAGAAGAACUAAAGCAAGAGCUAAUUCAGGCAGAAAUUCAGAAUGGAGUGAAGCAAAUUCCAGUCCCAGUCCAAUCUGAUACUCCAGUGCAAGCUAGCUCUGCAGUUUCUACAAGUGUGAUACAGUCUACAUCGGUAUCAACCAUCUCUUGUAGUAUAAAAGAACACAGUAAAGGAGGGGGAGAAGAAAAGAAGGUAAAAGAGAAAACUGAUAAGAAAGGAGAGAAAAAGGAGAAGAAACUGCAGUCAGCAGCACCAAGUGCUGACUCGAAGCCAGUAGAUGUUUCUCGUCUGGAUCUUCGAAUUGGUCGUAUUGUUACUGUCAAAAAGCACCCGGAUGCAGACUCACUGUAUGUAGAAGAAGUGGAUGUGGGGGAGGCAGCCCCAAGGACAGUCAUCAGUGGACUGGUGAAUCAUGUUCCUCUAGACCAGAUGCAAAAUCGAAUGGUGGUUUUACUUUGUAAUCUGAAGCCUGCAAAAAUGCGGGGAAUACUGUCUCAAGCAAUGGUGAUGUGUGCUAGUUCACCAGAGAAAGUGGAAAUUCUGGCCCCUCCCAAUGGAUCUGUUCCUGGAGACAGAAUUACUUUUGAUGCUUUCCCUGG